AUGAUGUCGACUCUUAAAGACCAUAAAAAUUUUGCAUUCACCGGAACCAAGUCGUCUAUUGCCUCGAGCUCAUCCUCAACUACUGAUUUCGAUGACUUGUUGCCAGACUUGUGGCAGACGAGUUCUAACGAGUCCGAUAUGAAACACAGUUCACAGAGUUUAUUUAAUAGUCCCCACCACUACUUAUUCCAACAAGAUAUUCUUCCAUCUAUUCCGCAACCCCAGCCACAAAAUUGGUUCAAUGUGUCGGUUUCGUCUCCAUUAAGAUCGUCAUCGAGUUUAUGGGAAGAUCCGCCAACUGAACAACCACAGCCAAUUUUCUAUUUGCCACAAGACGACGACUUGUUUAAUUUUGAACAGGUCCAUCAUCCACAACACCUGCACACCAAGACCCAAAUCAACACGCAAUUAUACAAGACCGAGUUGUGUGCCUCGUUUAUGAAGACCGGAGUUUGUCCCUAUGCCAGCAAAUGCCAAUUUGCCCAUGGCGAGAGUGAAUUGAAACACGUCGAGAGACCUCCGAAAUGGAGAUCGAAGCCUUGUGCUAAUUGGUCAAAGUACGGCAGUUGUCGUUAUGGGAAUAGAUGCUGUUUUAAACACGGCGAUUGA